AUGGCCUCUCUCCGCUCUGCAACACGUUUGGCGCAGCCUGCGCGCUCGCUCUUUACUCGAUCAGCUGCUCGUACAUAUGCAACCGUAUCAGUGGAAGACCGAUCUCCUAGCAGACCGGUCGUGCCGCCUUCCAAGACAUCGACUGUCGAAGAGCCUGCACCAGAGAAGGAUGCAAAGUACAAGACAUUCCAUAUCUACAGAUGGAACCCAGAUGAACCAACGUCGAAACCACGAAUGCAAAGCUACAACCUCGAUCUGAACAAGACUGGACCCAUGGUACUGGAUGCCCUGAUCAGAAUAAAGAACGAGAUGGACCCUACUUUGACCUUCCGGAGAAGUUGCAGAGAGGGUAUCUGUGGUAGUUGUGCUAUGAAUAUUGAUGGUGUCAACACCCUGGCAUGCUUGUGCCGAAUUCCUACAGAUCCUGGCAAGCAGACUAGGAUAUAUCCAUUGCCACACACCUACGUCGUGAAAGAUCUGGUACCAGAUUUGACACAUUUUUACCAGCAAUACAAAUCGAUAAAGCCAUAUCUGCAAAGAGAUACCAAGCCAGAAGAUGGCAAGGAAAACCGACAGUCACGCGAGGACCGAAAGAAGCUCGACGGUCUUUACGAAUGUAUUCUGUGUGCCUGCUGCUCAACAUCAUGCCCUUCAUACUGGUGGAACAGCGAGCAAUACCUUGGUCCUGCUAUCUUACUACAGUCUUACAGAUGGCUCGCUGACUCACGAGACGAGCGAAAGGCUGAACGAAAGGAGGCACUCGAGAACAGCAUGUCACUUUACCGAUGCCACACUAUUCUGAACUGCUCAAGAACUUGCCCGAAGGGUCUGAAUCCUGCAAAGGCCAUUGCCGAGAUCAAAAAGAGCAUGGCAUUCGGCAGGUGA